AGUGUACAUCCCAAAAGGCGUCAAAGUUUUUGUAGGAAUCGUUCCAGAUAUUUUGUAAUGCGUUUAGCCAAAUGCUUGUGUUGCAUACCCCUUCGAGUGGGCGUGAUCCUGACGGGCUGUCAGUUCGGCGCCACGGACAUCAUAAUCGGCAGCUAUGGGCCGUACAUGGUGAUUCGGAGGGAGUUCCCCGACAACGUGGUGGAGUUCUUCCGGACCAUGGACACCCUGACGUGCGUGGCCUGCUUCACGGGCACCUUCUACUUGAUGGCCUUCAACGACCUGAUGCUGAUCUAUGGCGCCAUCAGGAAAAAGUCCAUCUACAUUGGUCCCUGGCUGAUGGUCAACUUUGUGGCUCUCAUCUGCACGAUGGUCACGGCUCUGGUGAGCGGCAUAGCCAUCAUACGAAUCGGUGAGAGGCAGAGCCCCGACUACACGCCCCGAAUCGAUUCAUCCAUUCAUUGUUUCAGUCGUCCUCAGUUAUUGCAUGUUCGUCGUGAACUCCUUCUACGAUGAGCUCACGGAAGAGGACGAUUGAUUGCAGCUGGGAGCUUUCUCAAUGAAAAUAUCAGUUAACAGAUUACGAAUAAACUUUA